AUGAUGUAUGAUGCAUAAGAUCUUGCGCGAGUACAAGAGGUGAUUGUUGGUGAUCUUGGUUUAUGUCCUGUUUCCGUAUUUAGUCCUCAAAAUGUUAGCGAUAUUUCGAAAUUAAAGUGGUUAUUAUGUGUUUGAGUACCUGGAAAAUUCGCUCGACAUUCGUCAAGGGUAUUUGAGUGGAGAGGUUCGGGAGUCUCGCGACAUGUCAGAAUUAUUAUCAACCAGCAGAGCGAUGAUCGUUCCGAGAAUAAAUGCAACAAUCACCGGGCUGAUAAAAUGACAAAGAAAUGUGAAAAGCUGGUUUUACGGGGGACAGACAAGUUUAUCGUGGGCAAGGCCGAUUUUUAUUAUUAUUUAAUUGGUUAUGUGGAAAAAGAUCGAGUGCCGUGGUCGAAACGACGUAUGAAUACUCGUUGGUGUAACGUCUCUCCGCACUAUUAUUCUCGUUCUCUGUUAUUGUUGUUGUUGUUAUUAUUAUCAUUAUUAUGGAGAAAUAUCACAUGUACCUGUGGCGAGGAGUGGAUAGGAUCGACCUUACUUUUGGGGACAAACCCAACGGUGUCAUCCGCAAGUUGGUUAAUGUCAAAGAUCACAUUUUCGUAUCGACAAAUACAUGCAAUCUUUAUCACGGCGAAGUUUCACACGAUGAAAAUAUAUCGCCGCCUACUCUUGUUCUCAAACGCGUUGAAUUCACCGCUGUCGAUAUCGCAUCCAACAGCGAGCAUCUCUUUGUUGUCAAAGAUGAUGGCUGUGUCAUCAAAAUUCUACCAGACGAUAUGAGCGUCGUUGAGACUAUUGUACUCAGGGAAGAUGUCAAAUAUUGCAGUCAUGGAUUCAAGCAAGAGAACGAUGUGAUAAAAAUCAAAACUUUGGCAGUGAGCGACACGUCGUUACUUCUGGUCACGGAGAGUGGUCAGCUUUGGGCGAGCGGAGAUCAGCCUCAGAUCGAUAUAAAAUGCACAACAGCGAAGAAAGUAAUAUUUUUUGACGGACGAACAGUAUCGGAUGUGGCAUGUGGUAACAAUUUCAACGUAGCAAUAGCUCGAAAAAUGACGAGAAUAGCAAAAGACGAUACGGACAGUGAGAACGACGUUGAAGAAGUUUUCGUCAAUUCGUGUCCCCAUUGUAUCAAUAACGUGAUGCCAAGUCCGAUGAGUAUGACGUCGUCGGACACUUGCCCGAUGAGUAUGCACCGGCAGCAAUUCAGCGACGACCAUUCCAUGAAUUCGACGAGUCCGAUGUCGAUAACGGGGAAACACGACGAAAUAUUGCGUUUGGGUGAGAUCGUUGGUAAGGGGGAUCGAAAUUCGAGUAUGAUUUUAACGAAUGGCGAUGAUAAUUGCUUCGAAAGCGUUGAGGCCUCGAAGGAGGAGAAGAAAAAUGUCAUAUUCAUCAACACCGAGGCCGCCAGACAAUUUCUCACGAGACAAUUGUCCUGGGUUUCAUCUUAUGGUAACGCCAAAGAAGAUUUGCAGGGUAGUGCCGAUCUAAGCACGGAACGAGGUCAAGGCACGAUCAAACAAAACGUCUCGACCAUGGCCAACUUCGUUUACGAAGGAGUCAAAACGAUGGGCGACAAAGUUGUCACGUUGUCGAGACACAUGAGCGGCAGCUCCGACAUCAACGACAGCCGCGACGAUAUUAUUAUCAGCGAGUGUGAGCCGAUCCCUGACAACGAUUGUAAAAAAAAUUCUACCAGCUUGGCACACAGUCUCAGAUGCGAGGAAUUUCCAUGGUCCUCGAGCACCGGCUCCUUAGAGCACGAUCUUUCCCAACAAGGACUCAACGAACGUAUCAAUUCACUGGUACACGCUGGCAAUAAUUUACUCUCGACCGAGCUGUGGACUUGGGGCGAUUUUCGUUACGGCCAAUUGGGAACCGGUGACAUAAUCAGUCGCACGAAACCCGUUCUUGUCACCAAAUUCAACAAUACCGGCAUUAAAAAAAUUACUUGUGGGGCUUCGCACACUUUGGCCCUCACCCUCGAUGGACGGGUUUACGCCUGGGGUAGAAACAACUUCCGUCAAGUCUCGCGUGACUCCAAAGACGAUCAAAGCUCACCCAAAAUGUUCGAUACGAGAAGAUGCAUCAACGAAAGAGCCAUCGAUAUGGCUGCCGGCGCCAACCAUAGUCUCGUCAUGAUGCAUCACGGCUUAUUUUUUACUGGGAAAUCAAGUAAACCCGAAGAAAUGGUGAUUUUAGAUGUCUCUGCGAACAAGGAUCACAGCCCAAAACUAGUGUCCUGUUCGGGUCCUUAUUCUUGUUGUGCAAUAAUAAAUCAGCCGAUAAGCGAUAUAUCCGAGGAUUUAAUAACGGAUCAGAUAUUUUUGGAAGAGAUGCUGGUGGUUUAUCAACAUUUAAUAAAACCGUUUCAGAAGAAAGCCGGUGUGACACAAGAAUCAAACGUUUAUGAAACGCUCUGUCGUUGUUACACCGAAUUGAUGAGCUUCACAGCUCUGAAUGUUCUUAGUCUUUGGGAUUAUUUUAAUCAUAUUGGCGAAGCGUACGAAGUCGUACUCGUUGCCAAUAUCGAAGAAUUUGUCACUGUGUACAAAUAUUAUCUUAACGCAAUUUGCGACGUUAUAUCACUCGGAGGCUUUACUCGAAUGACCAAAAUCGUCAACGAAGUACCGCAGACCCUGAAGAGAUUAUUUUCCGAAAAAAUACGAGCGAGCGAUGCAACGAAAAAUGGGAACGAGGCAAUAAUAACAACGGCACUGAAACAUCCCCUUUAUCGACUCAAUAGGUACAAAACAAUGAUCGCCCAUUUGAUCAAAUCGAAUGGGACAAAAAUGGGCAUUGAGAGACUUCAGGAAGCCCUUAUUAAGUGGGAACGUAUGUGCGACGAGCAAGAAAAACGUCAGAAAGAAGCUGACGUUACGAAAGCGUUUUGGGAAAGUUCCGGUAAAUUGGUCGAUCUACUGCGAUCCCCGGAACGGAGACUCAUCCGAGAAUCGAGAACUUAUCCAUUGGCACUGUUGAAUUCAAGCAGAUUUACCAGUCACUGGUUCGUAUUGUUGACCGAUAUAUUCGUUCAUGUCAUUGGAACGUCAAAUACGGUGCACCAAUUACCGACUCUGUGGGUCGAGCCGCAAGCUGAUUCGGAAACCUUACAGAACGUGAUAACGAUAACAGCACCAGAGGAAAAUUUGAUCCUCUACACACCAACGCCAACGGAACGAAACGAUUGGUUGCAAGCUCUGCAGGGUGCGAUAAAAUGUAGUUUGCAACGUGUAAUCGGUCACGUUCCACCACUCGUGCGCACCAGCUCUUACUGUUACCUGAAACAUCAAUUUUACAAAGACGCCAAAUAUACCGGUCGGUGGUUGAACGGUAAGCCUCAUGGCUUUGGGAAGCUCGAGUGGAACGACGGCCGUAUGUAUACGGGCCAAUUCCACAAAGGCGUUAUUCAAGGCAGUGGCAAAAUGGAAUUGCCUGCACAAGGAAUUUACGAAGGCCAAUGGAAAGAUGGCCAACAGAAUGGACACGGUAGCUUCAAAUACGUGAACGGUGAUUUGUACGAGGGAUACUUCAAGGAUGGUUUACCGCACGGACAUGGCAUGAAGAAAGAAGGUCAAUUCAUGGCUUCCGUAGCUUCUGUUUAUAUCGGCGAAUGGGCAAAUGGCGUAAAACAAGGCUAUGGAAUUAUGGACGACAUUAUGACAGGCGAAAAGUACCUGGGUUCGUGGAGCAAUGACACGAAGCACGGUUGUGGUUUGAUCGUGACGCUGGAUGGAAUAUAUUACGAAGGAGUUUUCGCCCAGGAUAUUCUCACGGGUCACGGUGUUAUGGUUUUCGAGGAUGGAACUCAUUACGAAGGUGAAUUUAAAUCGGCCGGUAUAUUUGGUGGUAAAGGAACGUUGACCUUCCGGAGCGGAGACAAACUCGAGGGUAAUAUUAUCGGGGCUUGGAACGAGGGAGUCAAAGUCAACGCGGUUUUGCAAAUAAACAAAGCAACCGGAAGUUCUGAAAUGAACGACAAACCAGUAUCCUUUGGAAAGUUGUGCGUACCACCUGAUCAGAAAUGGCGAGCGAUAUUCCGUCAGUGUUAUCAGCAGCUCGGCAUAGCUGAACCAGGUGCGAAAAGCGUGUUCAGUAAUAACGACAAGUCAUCGGAGAGUCAGAGAAUCUGGCAAAACGUGGCUGUGAUAAUAAACAAAUCUCAUCAAAAGACGCUCGGAAAGAGAGAAGUUUCGCCUUCAAAGGUGGCCGACAAAGACAAAGAAAAGUUUAAUGAAUCACUUAAUAAGAUUCCCAAUUUCGGUCGUGACAAGUUGACGUUAAGCAGCUACACGGAGGUCCACGAUUAUCUCAUGAAAGCGUUCGAAAGCCCGGAGCAUCCCCUGGGCUCGUUGCUCGUCGAAAUUGCCACCGUUUAUACCGCCACUUACGGUGGCGUACGGGUACAUCCGUUAUUGCUGAGCCAUGCUGUCGCUGAACUCAGAAGCAUCACGUCGAGAAUUUACGAACUCGUGACUCUCUUCUUCCCAGCGUUGCCAAAGGGGGGCAAAGAGUGCGUUUUGGAGUCCGAAGACGAAGUGACUUGCAAAGUUAUAAGUGCGGCCGCGAUUUUACAUCCAAUUUUAUUGCCUCGGGUUCACUCAGCUCUUUUCGUCUUGUACGCAUUGCAUAAUAAGAAAGAAGAUGACGCUUAUUGGGAGAGAUUGAUGAAAUGGAACAAGCAACCGGAUAUAACUCUGAUGGCGUUUUUAGACAUCGAUCAGAAAUUUUGGGGAAAUUCGAGAAACUUGAGUCUCGCUAAUAUUCCGUUAGCGAGUGAAUGCGAACCUUUCUUUACCGAGGCUAUCGAGACGUUGCAACAAUUGAAAACAACUUUUUCACCUCUCGAAAAAUUGUUGGUCAUAAGAAAUACGUUUGAACAGAUGACACAGACAGUACAAAAGCAAUUAGGCGAAACUUAUUUAUGGACAAUGGAUGAAUUGUUCCCGGUGUUCAAUUUUGUAGUAGUUCGGGCGAGUGUUUUACAGUUGGGUAGUGAAAUACAUUUUAUCGAGGAUUUUAUGGAACCGUACCUGGAAAAUGGAGAGCUUGGUAUCAUGUUCACCACAUUGAAAGCAUGCUACUACCAAAUUCUCCAAGAAAAGAUGAAUAUGGCUGAUUGAAAGUUCAAAUGGGAUAUAGUAUCGCAAAAUAUCCUUCCACUUCAGGAGAUAGUAGUUUAAAUAAAAGCUGUGUCAAAGACUCGUUUCGUCUUGAGGACGUUUUUGAAACAAAGACGAAAACACCUUUCGUUACUUUGACGGAAUAUUUCUGUUCAAUUUUCGACAAGUCGAUAUUAUUUAAUUACGUACAGUUUGUUUAAAAUUUCAGUGCACUCUUGUAUUUUACAGUGUGAACCAUUUUUUCGUAUAUUUAAAAAAAAAGUAUUUGCUGUUACUUUGUCAAUCGUGUGUUGCAUAUUCCUUGAAUAUUUUUUUUCGAAUACAAAAAGAACUGAUGGCAUGCAGCAAAGAAAAUACGCUUUUCUUCAAUGCAACUAAAGGUGUCGUCCAUUCGAUUGAAAUACUCGUCAGAGUGGACAAAACGAAGUUCGUAUUGUAUCGAGUCAUCUUAUUAUUUGCUCAAAUAGAGAACUAUUAUGUCAUAAUUCGUAAAUUAUCAUUUUUAAGAUAAGUCCACUACGAAAUUAUCCAAAGUACGAUAGUUAUUUCAUAAGGUUUCUCGAGGCACGUGUCAUAUCCGGGGAAGAAAAAACGUGGAGUCUACAUAUCAAAUUCUCGGGGUGCACUGUCCGAGGGCCGAAGGAAGCGUUUGAUCAUUAUAAGUGUGCGAAAGAAGACCUGACUUCCGGUUGGAUAUUCGAAUUCUAGAAAGACGUUACGAGUUUACAUUGUACUUUCGUCGAAAUUAAUCUAAAUACCCUCAAUUUUACUUCGUGUCUCAUCCACCUUCAAUUUCAUUAUUAUUCAUGACACUAGAGGAUACUAAAGAAAAAAUAUAAUUGAAAUCGCCGUAGGAAAUGAGAAAACCGAUCAUUGUGGUUAAACAUAUGUGAACAUUCCGCAAUCGUAUCAAAUAUUUGAAUGCGAAUCAUGUACAAAUAUAACAAUAUUAGAGAGAAAAACUAUUUAAAAUGAAUAAUGAAACCAAAAAAGAAAAAUAACAGAGUUAUGUAUCCAUCGACUAUGAAUGAUGAAAAUAUAUGUUGUCGAAUUAUCCCAA